UCGUGCUGUUUCUCGUGUUAAGAAACUGUAAAUGCAGACUUUCUAUGCGUUUAUAAUAGGCCUAUCCAUAAUUUCACAUUGUAACGUCUGGUAUAAGUAUCUUGAAUGGUAGGUACUAGAUGUCCCUUUGAAAUUGAGAAGCGCUCGUGCGGUAUGUAAAACAACAACAAAAACAGUUUUUUGGGGGAUGGUAAAAUACAUAGAAUUUUGAGAAAUAUAGCCAACUAGUUGAAUUACUUUCGUUGUAUUUUGAUAGAACGUAACUGUUUAUCUCUAGACUGUUUGAAGUGUAGUCAACUUCUGACCCCGGUAGCACGCGCGCAGACCUCAAGAUCUCUCUGCCAUUCAAAAGUGACUGAAACCUACUCGCCUUUCAGCCGCCUUCAGGCCAGGUGGUAAAUCUGUGUUUUAUCCCUCGAACUUUCAGGUGCUGACUGCCACUUUGCGAUCAUCGCCCACCCGGCUAUUCUGCCAGGCUGUGUUGCAUCAGUAUCCAACACAGAGACGCAUCCUCCUAUCUGCUGCAUAACAGGCGGCCCUGGUCCCCCCUCAACCUGCCCCCUGCGCUAUGAGCAGAGGACGAGGAGGGCCCCCCAUAGAGCAUUACCACCGACCCCCUCUUCCCCAACUGCAGGCUAAGCAACAAUACUACAGAGCUGGACCCCUGGGAUUUCACCCCAGAGGCCCUCCGCAACAGGCCCCACACCCAAACGUCCAUUCAUACCUAGGCCCAGUCCCCCCUCUAGUACCACCCAGUGCCCACUCUCAGCCUCUCUACCCCUCCACCCCUCCCCCACCCGGUCACAGCCCAGCCCUGAGUCAGCAGAGCUCUUGUCCCAGUGGUCCUAACUCCUUCAGGCAGCAGCAGGUCCACUUCCUGAGGGGACAGAACACUGAGGCUCCCCAGUUUAGGGUGAGCCCCAGAGGGGCGCAGAGCUUGGGUCGAGGGGGACCGAACGGACUUUAUAACGAAUCAAACCAGGCCCAGGCAGGGUACAGCAGAUACUCCCAAAACAGCUCUAGGGGGAGAGGGGGAUACAGCAGCGAGCGAGGCAGAGGGAACGGUAGGGACUUCGGGUACCCACCCAGUCAAGGACCCCCUAGAGGACCAACCGGCCCUAGAUUCUGGAACCAGAAGCAGACUUCAACCCAAAAGCAAGGCUUCAACAGACAGUGGAGCCUUCAUGCAGACUGUGCUGACGGGCCGUCUUUCUCAGAAGGCUUUCAGAGUUUAUCCUUAGACAGAGAGAGGUCCUACAGAGGAAGAGUUGACAGAGGCGACAGCUUUGACAAAGCUUCUGUCUGUAGUAGUAAUAAUUCAAACAACAAGAGUGCCCCUACGUUUCAGCCACCCGACAUCCGAGAGCAAGUUUUGCAAGCCUUGGCAGAUUUGAGCCCCGGUGAGAAGCUACAAGCAAAGUGUUUGGCCAAAACGCUGCGGUGCCCCAAAAAGUUUAUCAACCAGGCCCUUUACGGUCUCGAGCGUGAUAAGAAAGCUUCAAAACACGGUGAAAGUCCUCCAGAGUGGACUGUCUACGUAGAACCACAGGAAGAACCGGAAAGUAGAGAUUCUGAUCCGGAAAGCCCACGUUCCCAACCGAGGGAACAUUCUGUGGAGUCACAGGAAAGGCCUUCAGAAGAAGAUUGCUCUCACUUCCUGUCUGUGAAGGAGGAGGACGUGGUCAUCGAGGCUGAGAUCCAGCAAAUUGAAGCGCAGGGUCCUGAGGGCGACAAAGAAGAAGAUUACUACGUAGAAUCCGAUUCACACUCCUCUUCCUCAGAAUCAUCUGAGUCAUAUCGGCAACAUUCCCAGUCCCAAACCCAACAACCCAGUAUCAACAGCAGCAGUAACGAAGAGCUUGACCUAGACCUUGACGAGAGCGCCAUGGCGGACUGCGGCAGUAAUCAGAAGGAGUUGAUCCUGCAGUAUCUGCUGGAGGCAGGGGAGGCCACGGCCCUGGUGAUCUCCAAGAACCUGGGCCUGAGGGGCGCCAAGCAGGUCAACCCCACCCUGUACGCCAUGGAGAAGCAGGGCGACGUGAGCCGCAACGCAGAGGUGACCCCUCACAUCUGGGAGCUAUCUGUCCAUCGCAGGGAGAGGAUGGAGAGGAGCCUCAAGGCCGAGCGCAGCGCCCCUGCAAAGGUCGAAGGAAUGGGGUCCGGAUUCCAGGCGGUGCCACCCGGAUUGGAGUGUCUAGAGGCCAACGCUGAGGCGGAGGAUGAGUCGAACGGAGGGCAGUGGGCGACCGACGAUAUCCCCGAAUUCCUCAACGCCAUCAGCCGGGAUGGAGGGGGGACAGUAGCAGUCUCCCUGGCAGCGCCCCCACCUCAGAACCUCCGUGCCAAACUCCAGGAGGUGAGGGCCAAGAACCCCGUCAGCGGCCUGAUGGAGUUUGCCCAGUACCAGGGUCACAAUUGCGAGUUCCUGCUCCUCGACCAAUCAGGGCCCUCACAUGACCCCAGAUUCCGUAUGCAGGUCAUGCUGGACGGCAGGUUGUUUCCUGUUGCUGAGGCAUCUAAUAAAAAGGUGGCUAAGAAAGAUGCUGCCGCAGCAACCCUGAGGAUUCUGCUGCGUGAGAUAGAGGGGGGAGGGGCUGAGGAGGGGCUCACUGCAGGGGUGGACCAGGCCAUGGACCCCACCUCUGACGUCCCUGAAGUAGUGGAGGGUCCGCCCCAGGCCCUGUCCCGUUCCCUGCCGGGGGGUAAGAACCCCGUGUCCAUGCUGAUGGAGUACAGUCAGCGCACUGGAAACCCCAUUGAGUUCAUCAACACUGGACAGGAGGGCCCACCUCACGACCCACGGUUCAUGUUCAGGGUGAAGAUAGGGGAAAGCCUGUGUGCUGAGAGCUCAGCACCCAGUAAGAAGGCUGCCAGGCAGCUGGCUGCAGAGGAGGCAGUCAAGGAGUUAAUGGCCGACGGGAGACUGCAGCUCAACAAGCCCCAGUUUCCCCUGUGUCUGUCUGGUGAUGAAGGGGGCUUCAUGCCCGCUUGCCCCUCCCUGCCCCCGCUGACAGAGGAGGAGCUGCGUUCUGCCCACGAGGCGGGGGUUGGUGACCUCAUCAGCCACCUAAACAACAACGCCGUGUCAGGCCUGCUGGAGUACGCCCGGGCCAGGGGCUUCGCUGCAGAGAUACGACUGGUCGGGCAGUCAGGACCACCGCACGAGCCCAAGUUUACCUACCAGGCUAAGCUAGGGGGCCGCUGGUUCCCUCCUGUCUGUGCUUCCAAUAAGAAGCAAGGGAAACAGGAAGCAGCUGAUGCAGCUCUGAGGGUUCUGAUUGGAGAGGCAGAGAAGGCUGCCCGCACCGGGGAACUGACCCCUGCAGAGCUGCCACUGAGUGGUGGGACAAUCCAUGACCAGAUCGCCAUGUUGAGUCACCAGCGCUUCAACGCCCUUACCACACGCAUACAGCACAGUCUUCUGGGAAGGAAGAUCCUCGCCACCAUCGUCAUGAAGAGGGGGGAAGGGCUGGGGACCGUGGUCAGCCUGGGAACAGGAAAUCGCUGUGUUAAAGGGGAGGAGCUGAGUCUUAAAGGGGACACUGUUAAUGACUGCCACGCAGAAAUCAUCUCCAGGAGAGGAUUUAUCAGGUUUCUGUAUGCUGAGUUGCUGAAGCACUGUGAAGGAUCAGAGGACAGCAUAUUUGAGGCAGCUGAGGAGAACAAGCUCCGGAUCAAACCUGACACCACCUUCCACCUCUAUAUCAGUACUGCUCCGUGCGGAGACGGGGCGUUGUUUGAUAAGUCGUGCAGCGAGGACGCGGGGGACGGCCAGGGCCACCAGCCCCUGUUUGAGAACGCCAAGCAGGGCAAGCUGCGCACCAAGGUGGAGAAUGGUGAGGGCACCAUCCCGGUAGAGUCAUCGACCAUCGUGCCCACCUGGGACGGCAUCCAGCACGGCGAGCGUCUGAGGACCAUGAGCUGCAGCGACAAGAUCCUUCGCUGGAACGUCCUGGGUCUGCAGGGAGCCCUGCUCUCCAACUUUCUCCAUCCUAUCUACCUGGCUUCAAUCACCUUGGGCUACCUGUACAGCCAUGGCCACCUGACACGUGCUGUCUGCUGCCGAUUGGCCAGAGACGGCGAAGCCUUCUCCAAGAGUCUACCUGCUCCCUACACACUCAACCAUCCCGAGGUGGGCAGGGUGAGUGUGUAUGACUCGACGCGUCACACAGGGAAGACCAAGGAGUCCAGCGUGAACUGGAGCCAGCCAGACCACAUCACUGUGGAGGUGCUGGAUGGGACCAAGGGCAAACUGGACGGGUACGCACCCCGCACCACAACUAGAACCAGACCCUCAGACCUCAUCCACCCUCAUCCAGAUAGCAGCACCAGCCCCAAACUGGACGUGUCGCGGGUCUCCAAGUCCAACAUCUUCCGGCAAUUCCGGUCUUUAUGCCAACAGUGCGGGCGCCAGGACCUGCUGGCUCUCCCGUCUUACGCCCAAGCCAAGAUGGCCGCCAUGUCCUUCCAGGUCGCCAAGCAGCAGUUCUUCGAUGCGCUCGGUAGCCAUGGUUACGGAGCCUGGAUUGGCAAGCCAUUGGAGGAGAAGAGCUUUGACGAAGCGGCGGCCUCCGAUGGCCAUGGGGCAGGAAGUGUUGCUAAUAGCAACCAGGGGUACAACAACAACAAUAGCUAUGGAAGCACAACCACUGACUAUAACAGCAGCCAGUGGGGUAGUAGUGCGUACACACAGGCCAUGUAGAAGGGAGGGAAGGGGAUAACAGGCCAGCCCAAGGGGUGAGGGUCAGACAGCAGCAAGAGAGAUGGAGAGAGAAGGGGUUGCUACUGCUACACAAAACUAACAGAAUAUAGAAAGAGAGGGGAGAAUAGGGGGCUUAGUAAACAUGAUGACUAUGUGAUGUAGUGGCAUUCAGAGCUGCAUAGCAUGCACUACUGCUCCACUGUAACAGUAGCCCCAGUACACUCUAUCUUCACAUUUACAUACAGGAGAAACCCUCCCUGCCCUUCUCAUACGCACACAGCCCUGUCUCUCUAGUUCAGACACCCUACACCUGACCCUGUCCUACUCGCCAGCCAGCCAUUCAAUCACGCAUGACUAGUUUAAUCUGUACUUAUUGGCCUGAGCAUGGAUAGUAGUGAUCACACUUUAUAUAUAUAUAUAAACCAGCCUUGUAACGUUUAGCUACUCCCCGACCUAGUAACCCACCCCUUUACACUGUUGUUAAUGCUAUGGCUACGUCUACAGGUCACAGCCUGCUCCAUCCCAUAACUCUUGACUGUAACAUAGAUUUGAUGAUGACUAACUAGCCUAGAUCAUAAUUCUUCUGUUAUUGUUGUGUCCUAUGUUGUGUGUAUCGCUAUUGUUCUUGAGUUUUUUGGUGUUGUCACUCGAGGGCCACGUCAGAAAGGACAACGGUGACGUUGAGAACUGCUGAGAACAAGUAAAUCAGCUACUUGUUCUCAUUUUAGGAUUCAUGUUAGGGGGGGGUCAAAGUUGAGGUUUAGGAUAAGUGAUUACUCGUAGUUGUGAUAAAAAAGAGAAGAAGAGAAAGGCUUUGCACUCUUGUCCUUCCUAGCGUGGCCAGAAUGUGGCCGGCGGGUUUUAUGCGGACAGGGAGAAAGACUGGUUUGUUUUUAUGUUUUAGUUCAGUCUGAUCAAAUACAUUCAAGGGUGAAGCAAUAUAUACAUCAUGUACAUACAAAUACAUAAAUACACAGAUGUAUAUGCAAUAACAAUGUUUGUGUAGGGUAUGUAUAUAUCUCUGUGUGUGUAUGUAUAUGUAUAUAUUAUGUAUAUAUUUUGUAAGUCAUGCCUAAAAUUGAUUUUCUAUUGACUAUUUUUUUGAAACGUUUUAACAAGUGGAUGACAGAAAGCAUUUUUUUUUUUUAAUUGAUGGAAAUUCUGUGAAGUUUUAAGUGAUUAUAAAGACCGGCUUUGUAAAAGCUGAAA